AUGGAAUCCAGAGUAGUGCUCGGAGCAGACCGCCCAGGCAGCAAGUUGAUGAAGGAAAACCUUCCGGAUCAAUGUGCAGCUGUACCUAGCAGGCUCUGUGCAAAGCAGAACCGAAGCGCAAUUGCAGAUGCGGAGCGGCGGGUGCGCUUCCAGGAGCCUGACAUCAUUGAAGUCGUCAGCUGGAAGGAUGCAACACACCUCAUGCAGUACAAAGGCAAAAAGAAGCUUGAAGAGGAGGAGUUCAUGCUUGGUGCUCUAUCUUCCCUUCCUCAUCGUUUCGCUUUGAUGGCAGCCUUGAUGCCCAUGGUUGUCCGUUUUGCAAUCGGGAUCGUCGAUACAGUGAUGUGA